AUGGCGACGGCACCGCUGCAUCUGGUUGCCAACCUCGAGGGCCACUCUUCUCGCGCCUGGCAUCUGGCAUGGAAUCCGCGCAUGCCGCUGCUCGCAUCGUGCUCGGGCGACAAGGAUGUGCGCCUGCACGCCUACUCGUUUGUCUCGACCACCACGGCCGAGGGGCCUUCUACGUCGAAGCAGCCGGCGUUCAACCUGCGCGAGGUGAUUCCGACGGGUCACCAGCGCACCGUCAGGCAGGCGGCGUGGUCGCCCGACGGCAAGAUCCUCGCCACCGCCUCGUUCGACUCCACCGUGGGCAUCUGGGAGAGGAUACAGGACAUUGAUGGCACCGCCGAGCUCGAAGGCAGCAGCGGCAACCGCGGACCGCUGGCGCUCAGCAACGGUGGCAAGCACGUGGACGAGCCCGAGUGGGACUGCGUGGGCACGCUCGAGGGCCACGAGAGCGAGUGCAAGUCGGUGGCGUUUUCGCACACGGGCAGCGUGCUGGCGUCGUGCAGCCGCGACAAGUCGGUGUGGAUCUGGGAGGUGCAGCCGGACGCCGAGUUCGAGUGCCUGUCGGUGUUGAUGGAGCACUCGCAGGACGUCAAGGUGGUGGCGUGGCAUCCCAACGACGAGGUGCUGGCGUCGGCAUCGUACGACGAUGCGAUCAAGCUGUACAUCGACGAUCCGCAGGACGACUGGUUCUGCUACACCACGCUCACGGGUCACGAGUCGACCGUGUGGAGCCUGUCGUUCUCGCCGUGCGGCAACUUCCUCGCGUCGGCGUCGGACGACCUGACGGUGCGCAUCUGGCGUCGCCUCAACGCGGACGAGUGCGAGGCACGCGGCGUCAAGCCCGAAGGCAAGAUGGCCGGCCGCAGAGGCGACAAGUGGGUGGCCGUCACGGUGCUGCGGGGCGACCACGACCGGACGGUGUACAGCGUAUCGUGGGGCGUCGACACGGCUUCGAAUCGCAACGGCAACCUCGGCCGGCUGGCGAGCGGCGGUGGCGACGGCCGCAUCUGCGUAUACGAGAUCAGCGCAUCCGAAGACGACAAGCAGCUGGCGCCCAAGGUGGAGCUGGUGGCCAAGAUGGAGCGGGCCCACGGAAGCGCCGACGUCAACUGCGUCGCGUGGGCGCCCGAGAGCCUCAACGCCCGCGGUGCAGGUGCGCAAGCCAAGAUCGAGGAGCUUCUCGACGACGGUGUGACGCCCAAGAGUGCGGGUUUGUCCAGCGGCUUGACCCACCAAAGCAUGUCGGACAUGCUUGCCAGCGCGGGCGACGACGGCAGCGUCAAGGUGUGGACGCUCACCACCUCGCCGUAUGCCGCUGGUAGAGACUAUUUGGGUGGUGGUGUUGGUUUCGAUCUCCCGAUUUUGGCAGAGGCCGACGGACGCGGAGCUAAGCAGCAGCAGCAGCAGCAGCAGAGGUGGCUGAGGCGCGCGCGUCGAUUUGGCGUUGGAAACGAGUCGAGGCGAAGGCGAAGCGCCGCUGGCGAGGCGCCAAAGCCAAAGCCAAACGAGCAGUCGCGCGCAUUUCUCACUCUGCCAUUCUCACUUCCAUCUUCUCACCAUCCUUCCUCUUUGUCCUUCCGCACCUUCCUUCAUCUGGCGCAGUGCAUAACUCUUGACCAUCUGCCGACGCCGCUCGCAGUCUCCCACCUCCACCCCGCAUCUGCAUCAGCUUCCAUGUCCGGUGGAUCCAACAACAACCAUCACCCAUACACCUCCCAGCCUCACCACUCCUCUUUCCAAUCCAACACCCCCAACUUCCAUCCGAAUCCGCACCAGCAGCCCUUCCCCCACCAACACGGCUACGGAUAUCCUUCCGCCAACCAGGCUGCGCCCGACUUUGCCCAGCCUCCCUUCCCGCAUCAUCAUCAAAACGCCUAUCAGAACAUUGCAGCCCAGCCAGAUCACGCAUUCUCCCACCUCGCUCCUGACUUUGACGCUUCCGGCAUCAGCUACACCGGCGCUUCCAACCAGCUGCCUCUGAACCACAACUUUGCUCAGCAGCUCCACCAGCCUCAGUGGGAUCAGCAAGUCCACUUUGCACCACAGUCCGGCCUCGAGCAGCCUCACGCACCAGCAGGCUACGCCCAUCAGCCAAGCUCGUACCCGCCCCACGCCAACCUCUCGGAGCUGCCCGUAGCCGACGACAUCGCCACCCCGCCGCUCCAACACAGCCAAGUGGCCUCCCCGUCGCCUCAGAAACCCACCUUGCGCGUCAAGCUCAAACGCGUCACCAAGACCAACGAGUCCAGCGCCGGCGGACAGCAAGCACAGGCACAGCUCCAGAUCGAGCCUACAACCAACAUGUCCGGAAGACCCAGCAGAACGGCCGCUGUGAACGCCAGCGCCAGCAUGAGCGCACUGUCCGACAGUCUUGCAGGCCGGCCCCUGCGGCCUCGCCACGCCAAAAAGGGACCAGGCAGCGAAGAAGACUACCAAGACGACGUGAGUGACCAUCAUACGAACGACAACCGCGACAGCCAUCCCCUGCGCCAGUCGAACAGGGAUUGGGGCAGCACCAGCGAGGUUGACAGCCAGGAGACAGGAGAGCACGUAGGCGACCAGAAGGCUAGUAGAAAGAGCAGAAAUAGCAGCGCAAAGACCUUGACCGUCGCCAUUCGCAGGAGCGGCAGGAACCGAAGCCGCAGCAGCAGUCAGGCGCCCACCAGCAGUCAGACGCCCGCCACGUCCCAGUCGCAGCGCAUCGACGGGUCGCGCCCACCUCAGCCGCGCCGCAGCACCAGGCGGUCGGGCGAUUCCGCCCCAGAAUCCAGUCAGGAGAUCAUGAGCGAGCAGAUGCCGAGCGCGACGCAGCGUGUCGCCGUGCAGACCAGGACGCCGUCGGUGCGUCGUAGCAGUAGGAGCAGGGUAAGCUUCGGGAUUCGGUUCCGCAAGCGUUUGGUUCAGAGUCAGGAGCCGCCAGCAUCGCACAGAGUCAUGGACGCUGACGCUCCGGAAGACGACGAUGAAGAUGCCGAGGCCGACGACGAUGCCGAAGGCGAGCAAGAUGUCGCUGUCAAAAAUGACGACGACGACGAGCAUCACGAGCCACAGCCGAUCAUGUCGCGCAGCCGCAGCGGCCGCGUCCGACGCAUGGCAAAGCAGAGCAUGGCCGAGUCCGACGAUUCGGAAGCGGGCCGUGACGAUGACGACGAAGACGAAGAGGCGGUGCGCUCCACGCGCCGCACUUCUAGCCGACUCCCCGGAAACUCGCUUGAAGGCUUCGUUGCCGCCGACGACGAGGACGACGAGGACGACGAGGGCGAAUACGGCUCCAGGAGGAAAACCCGAUCCGGUCGACUUCUGCGUGGCAGCAACAGCAGCAGCUCCAAUCGCCUUCAGGAGAUGGCAGCCAAGAAACGCGCCGCCAACGGCCGCGGCCGUCACGCCAAAAAAGUCAUCGACGACGAGUUCGAGAUGGACGGCGACGACACGCCCGAGGAAGACCACAUCUCGGGCGCCGAAGACGACCCGCUCGAUCUGCACAGCGACGAGCCCGAGGGCAGCCAGGGCAAGUCGUACUCGCUCCGCCAGCGCAAAAAGGUCAACUACUCGCUCGUGCCUCCACCAGCCUCGCCCCCAAGAGACGGCUUUGGCCGUGCUAUCCGCAACAAUCGCGGCCGUGCCGCCAACGGCGCCUACGAAAUCGAUCCCUCGACUACCGGUGCUGCUCCAGGCCCGGGCACCGGUGCGGCUCUGCCGAUGCCCUUCCCUGGUCGUGGCAAAAAGGGCAAAGAGGGCUGGGACGCGUUGCCAUCCUCGAUGACCGGCAAGGACUAUGCUCGCAUCUUUGGCGACCCCGUCGACAGCUCCGACGACGAGCUCCAGAACAACGCACUGCGCAAACCGGGCGGACCCGCGGCGCUCGGCGGUGGUGCCGCUGGAGGCCUGCUCGGUGCUGGUGGUGCUGGUGGCGCGGGCGGUCCACCCGGCGGACUCACUGGCUCGGGCGGCACCGAUAGCUUUGGUCGCAUCAAGAAGAGCGGCGACCCGCUUGCCGACGUUGACCCGCUCGGUGUUGACAUGAACAUCGACUUUGACAGCGUCGGUGGCCUCGACGGUCACAUUCAGCAGCUCAAGGAGAUGGUCAUGCUUCCUCUUCUAUACCCCGAGGUGUUCCAGCGCUUCAAGGUCACGCCACCGCGCGGUGUGCUCUUCCACGGCCCGCCAGGUACGGGUAAGACGCUCGUCGCGCGUGCGCUUGCCGCGAGCUGCAGCACAGAAGGCCAGCAGGUGAGCUUCUUCAUGCGCAAGGGUGCCGAUUGCCUGUCCAAAUGGGUGGGCGAGGCCGAAAGACAGCUGCGUCUCCUCUUCGAGGAGGCGCGCGCCUCGCAGCCAAGUAUCAUCUUCUUCGACGAGAUCGACGGUCUGGCGCCCGUCCGCUCCAGCAAGCAGGACCAGAUCCACGCCAGUAUCGUCAGCACCAUGCUUGCGCUCAUGGACGGCAUGGACGGUCGAGGUCAGGUCGUGGUCAUUGGUGCCACCAACAGGCCCGACAGCGUCGAUCCGGCGCUGCGCCGCCCCGGCCGAUUCGACCGCGAGUUCUAUUUCCCGCUGCCCUCGCUCGAGGCGCGCAAGAGCAUCAUCAACAUCCACACGCGGAAGUGGGAGCCACCCCUCGACGACGAUUUCAAGGCGAGGCUGGCCGAGGUUACCAAGGGCUACGGUGGUGCCGACCUGCGAGCUCUGUGCACCGAGGCAGCUCUCAACGCCAUCCAACGGCGCUACCCGCAGAUCUACUCGACUACCGAUCGCCUGCUGCUGGACCCAGCGUCGAUCCAGGUGGACGCCAAGGACUUUAUGAUGUCUGUCAACAAGAUCGUGCCGUCGUCCGCCAGGGCGAGCGCUUCGGCGGCGGCGCCGUUGCCCGAGAGGCUCGCGCCCUUGCUCGGCAACGUGGUGCAGGACGCCAUCUCGGUGCUCGACCGCAUCCUGCCGCCCGUCAGCAAGCGCAAUCCGCUCGAGGAGGCGCUAUGGGAGGACGACACCUUUGUCCCCAACGGUCUUACAUCUGGCAUGUCGGCUGCCGACAUGCUUGCUGGUGAUCGCGGCUUUGGUCGUGAGAUGCUGCUUCAGUCGUUCGAGGCGCAGCGCGUCUACCGACCGCGCAUGCUUGUGCAUGGCGAGGCCGGCAUGGGUCAAGGCGCGGUCGGUGCGGCGCUGCUGCAGCACCUCGAAGGGUAUCACGUGCAGUCGCUCGACAUUGGCACGCUGCUGGGCGACAGCGCUCGCACGCCCGAGGCUGCGAUUAUCCAGCUCUUCGUUGAGGCCAAGCGCCACAAGCCCAGCGUCCUGUACAUUCCGGGCAUCGUUCACUGGGCGCGCUCGGUGUCCGAGGGCGUCAAGACGACGUUCAAGGCGUUGCUCGACGGACUCACCGAUGCGGAUCCGGUCAUGCUGCUCGGCAUCGCCGAGGCGCCGCUCGACGAGCUUGACGAUGAGGUUCAGUCGUGGUUUAACUUCCUCGACGACGACCUCGUGCAGAUCCGGCGUCCGGACGACGAGAGCCGCCGCGCGUUCUUCAAGGAGAUCUUUGACCACGUCAUUCGCCCGCCCACCGAAUUCCCUGAUGCGCUGCCUCGACGCAAGAGGGUGCUGGAGGAGCUGCCCAAGGCGCCGCCGCGGCCGCCGCGCAAGCUCACGCAGGCCGAGCUGCAGCAGCAGGCGGACAACGACGCCAAGCUGCUCGAACACCUCAAGUACCGCCUCGGUCCCGUGCUCGCCGAGCUGCGCAAGAAGUUCAAAAAGUUCACGCGCGAUGUGUGGGACGAGUACAACCUGCGCGAGCUCACGCAGCAGUUCGAGUGGACGCGCGAAAAGGGCAAGGUGACGAUCGAGCUGCGGUACUAUCGUCCGGGCCUGGCGGCGCAGCAGGCGCGCGAGGACGAGGCCGACGACAUCAACGGCAUGCUCGAGACCGAGGCGGACAUUGCGGCCAAGCGCGGCAUCACGGCGGCCCAGUUCAACAGCCCCGAGCCCAGUGCUGUCGCUGUCACUGAAGAUGCGCCGAGUGCCGAGGCGGAAGCGCCAUCUGCCGCGGCUGCGGUGGCGGGCGAGACCGGCGAUGUCGAGAUGGCCAAUGGCGAUUCUGCCGCGGCCGUCAAUGGCACCAACGGUGUUGAUGCGAGUGGCGAGGCGUCGAAUGCUGCAGCCGACGGUGUGGCGCCGCCCUCGUCGCAGCCGAACGGCGUAGGCGCCGCACAUGCGAGUGGCGAGGCUGACGAAGCCGGUGGCGAUGCAUCCACUGCGGCAGCCGACACGACCGGCGCUGCCGGCGCGGCGACGGACGAGUACGUGACGCGGACGAUGCCGAUCUGGACGACCAACCUGGAAAAGAUGCAGAAGCGGCUGUACUACAACGGCUAUCUGUCGUGUUCGGCCUUUAUGGAGGACAUCCAAAAGAUCGUCGAGAAUGCCGAAGAGGCGGCGGAGGUGGAUCAGGAGCGCGUGUUCCGUGCGCACCAGAUGCGGAACCUGGCGAUUGUGCUGAUGGACCAGUACAUUGAUGCCGGGUUCCGGGAGGAGUGUGAUCGGAUGGCGUUGCGGCAGAUGGCGCGCGAGCAGGAGGCGCGCGAGGCGACUGAGAAGGCCAAGCAGAGUGCGGAGGAGGCCGCCAAGAAGGCGGCCGAGAGUGCGAAAGGCGAGCGUGCGAGCGCGCGCAUUGCGGGCAAGGAGGUGGAUGCGGCGUUGCUUGGCGAUGUGGGCGCCAUCGAGCGCGGCGCUAAGAGACAGCGCAGUGCAAGUGCCCAGGCCGACGCCCCCGCUGCUCCCGCCGAAGGUGUCGAAGGUGUCGAAGGUGCCGAAGGAGGUCACCAGAUAUCGGUUGGAGAUGGGGAGGGGGAGGGAGUUGUAUCGACGGAGGGUGUGGAGAAGGAGGAGGAGUCGCGGAAGCGACCUCGCGUCGAGUCGCCACCGGUGCAUCCGCCACUGACGUAUACUGCGGCAUCGUACGUUCGGCUCACGCAGCACAUUGUGGCGUCGACGGCGACGUACAGCAUCGACCAGCUGGCACGGCUGCGUGCGGCGGCGUUCAGUGCGAUCUGGCAGCACCGCGCCGACUGGGACCGCGACGAACUGAUUGGUCGACUCAUCGAGAUCACCGCCAAGUCGCAGCAGGCGGUUGCGAGGGAGCGCAGUGUCAGGCAGUAG